AUGGCAGAAAUCGCUCCCCCUCAGCAGGCUGCCCCGGCGAACCAUGCCGAUAUUGCAUCUCAAGAUAUCAAUGGCGACACAGCUGACCUCUCGACCUCAUCACCCGGUAUCUCGACCGAAACACCUGCCGACACCAAGCCCCUCGACCUCGGUGGACGACUCCUAUCAGAAGACGAGAUCAAGGAGAUGGCUGUGUUCAACACUGCCAUUCGGUGUUCCGCACACUUGAAUCCCGGAUUGUUUUCUUGGGACCUGGAGGUCGAAGUUCCUGGCUUGCGCAAGAAGCUCAAGCUCGAAGUCGGAGGCAGACUUUUCUUCAUGUGGUGGCAACGUCAAUUCCUUCGCGGAACGUUCUUCUAUUACAACGAUCGCCCACAGGUUGGCGUCAGACUCGUCGGCAAAAUCACAAAGCCAACCAAGCUGAGCCCUCUCACCGUCGAAUACACACAGCUCGGCCGAACCGUCGGACGCUUCGUCACACAGGACCACGCCUGGGCAGGCGAACUGAAAGACACGACCGCAUACGGCACCGCAUCCGACAUCGACGCUUUCCAAGACGGCGCCAACGUAUGGGAUACGUGGGCCACUUCCCAGGACGGCAGCGGCCACUCUCAUAACACGGGCACGGUGUUCCUCAACACGAACGUCGAAGACGUGGACCAGCGAGUGGUCGUCGGCCUCAAACGCCUGAACAUCGCGCAGGGCCAGCACACCGGCGUCACCGCGUACGCCGAGCUCCCCGACAAGCACCACAAGUUCCCCAUCACGCUCAACAAGGACGGCGACAACAGCGCCGACCUGCAGGGCGGCGGGCUGUCCUGGUACUUCCCGCCGCCGCCCACGCAAACCGGUGUAUUGGUCGGCAACUGGUUCUCCGGCGCCGUGACUUCGACGGGUUUCCGCAAGGUGGUCAAGUUUCAAGACUCAGACAACGGCGGGCGCCCCCGGCCGCCGAUAUUCCGUCAGCCGCCCACCGUGUGCGUCUGGCUGUCCGGGUUCGUGCACCGCACCACCGACGACAACUUCAACCUACGCGUCCGCCUGGGCCAGGUGACGAACACGACCUUCGAGCUCAUCAUCUCCUCGUACGGAUAUUCCCGGCUGGCGUGGGCCUCUGGCUCCUUCAUCGCCGUCGACAAGACGCGAAGCCCUGGGGUGCGUGUCGGAACCAUCUCGGCCAACGCGCUCGAGGGCGGCAACUGGAAGACGAAGUCCCAGACGCACAAUGUCGGUGUUGGGUUCGGCACCGUCAUCGCGGGCUUCACGGGGUUGGACGCCAGCAACAAGAACGGGUUGAAGGUGAACGUCGACGUCGACCAGCAGGCGGCGGAUUCGUUCAAAUGGACGGCCGAGUCGUGGGGCGACAGUACCAUGAAUGCUUUCGAGGCCAUGUAUAUCUGUUACUAG